AUGGCUGAUUCGGCGCCAGACUACCUGCGGUUUACGGGACAUCGCUCCUUUACCAGACGAUUAGUCCUCUCAACACUGACUGGUCGCCCAGUACACAUCUCCAAGAUCCGAAGCUCGUCGCCGACGAACACUGGCCUGGCGCACCACGAAAUUUCAUUUCUACGAUUGCUUGAAGCGGUUACCAAUGGUAGCUCCAUGCAGAUUUCAUACACGGGUACCACAAUUACCUACCACCCUGGUCUCAUUACCGGCACAAUUGCAGGACAGGGCGCUUCGGAGGGCGACAUUAUCGAGCACAGCCUGCCGCCGACUGUCACGCGUGGCAUCACCUACUUCCUCCUUCCGCUCUGUCUUCUCGCACCAUUCUCCAAGGCGCACAUGAAUGUGCGCUUCUCGGGCGCUGGCGUCAUCACAUCUGCGACCGAGACGGGCGACGUCUCUGUCGACUCCUUCCGAACCGCUAUACUGCCCCUCUUUGGUCUCUUCGGCAUCCCACCCGCACGAAUCGAAUUGAGGGUUCUGCAAAGAUCCUGCGCCGGGCCUGGAGGCAAAGGUGGCGGCGGUGUUGUCGAGCUACGAUUUGCGAGCCAGGUGCGCCUCCCGAAGACGCUACACUUGAACAGAAAUCCUGGCCGAGUCAAGAGAAUACGCGGCGUAGCGUACAGCACCGGUGUUUCGGCCUCGAACAACGGUCGCAUGAUCCACUCGGCAAGAGAAGUAUUAAAUUCUCUAGUAAGCGAUAUUCAUAUUGCGGCGCAGUACGACCAAGCGCCGCUGGUGCCGACCGGCGACAAGUCUGGCAGCAAGCGUCGUCUAGGCAUCGGCUAUGGCCUGAGCCUGGUGGCCGAGUCCAACUCGGUCGGUGUGAUUUACUCUGCCGACGUCGUUGUACCACCUUCCGGUGGCCAGGUGCCCGAGGAAAUCGGCAAGCAGUGCGCAUACCAACUACUCGAGACAAUCUCACAAGGUGGCUGUGUGACGCAGAGCUCAGCAAGCAGCAUGAUGAUACUUAUGGCUAUGGGCUCGGAAGAUGUCGGCCGUAUAAGAAUCGGCAAGACUGUGCUUGGAACAGAAGACAUGGUCCUGCUGGCAAGAGACCUCAAAACAUUUGGCGCUAGCAGCUGGGGUCUGCGAGACGUGACGGAGGAUGAGUCGGGCGACAUCAUUGUAUCAGUGAAGGGCAGUGGAGUAGGUAAUGUCGGCAGAAAAAUAGCAUAG